AUGUCAGCAAGAGGGGCUCGAAGUCGGAAGAUACAACAGAAAGAUAUCGAGAAAAAGGACAAAAAAUCUACAGGGAAAGGAAAGGCUCCGGAAGCGAUCAACGAACAGUCCCACGAUGCAUUUGCCGACUGGCGCCCAACGCCGAGCCUCAAUAACCUGAGGAACGGUGUCUCCCGGUCCAUGACAGUUUCCAGCAACACUAGUCGCGCGACCUCACGAAGUGGCGGAACAAAUGACAGCAGUAGCCGGCCGCGACUAAACACUGUCCAGUCGAAUGACUCGCGGGAGGUUCGAGCCAUCCGCGUGCCAAAAUCUGCAGGCGAAGGAUCAGCUUCUGUGUCUGACAUCUCUUCCAAGGGCAAGGAGAAGACAAAGUUCCAAGCAAAUGGGAAAGAGACGAAGGCACCUCGAGGUAGAGGUGGGGGCGUCCCCAUCAAGAGGGGUGUCGCGACUACACCUGCACCACCUGUAUUUCGAGCCGAAUCAGCUGCUUCUUAUCCAUCAGCCAAUCAGAAAACCUGGAUGAAUUUUAGAGUUUGGGAUGGAGGCAAGGAUGGAAUGCGUCUGUUUGGUGGCUUUGACUUCGACGAAGAUAUGCAGAAUGGCAGUGUUUUGAUAUACUUUAAAGAAGAGCAGGUCGACGAAGACCGCCCGACUCCCUCUAUCCGUGCCGAACUCGAUGUUCUUGAGAACUCAGGAUCGAUUUGGCUGAGCAACGUGCUUCUUCAUGGUCGAGUUGAUGAAGAUGAUGAACAUGUCGAUGAAUGGGCUUUGCCGAACAGCCCAGACUCACUAAUGCCGUCGCAAAAUUUCUCGCCUAAUUAUCCUCAACCCGGACAACAGAGGAUGUUGAGCCCAACAUCACUUGGCGGGAGAUCUCCUCCACCAUUUGACAUUGAUCAGACUUAUGCUAGUAUGAACUCCAGGGCUGCUUCUCGAGGUCAGCAUUUCUCCGAGACUACCCGUUCGGAUCGAUCAACCUCACCUCCGCCCGUCCGAAGAACAAGUAAACAGAACGUCACUCAUGAAAUAAGAUUUGAAGCGCCGAGGGAGGUCAAAACACUUCAAGGUCAAAGGUUACACCAUGUUGCUAUCCGAAAUUUCCUUGCUAUGCUACAUGGCAAACCUAUCGUUGGAGCCGAUGUUUUCGACAUGUUGAGUACACUCCAUUCACAAAUCCAAGUCAUGUACGACCUCGGGAGUAAUGACCACUCGAAUAUUACACCCCGAGAGCGGAGUGUCCAAAUGAUCACCAACUACCUUGGUCAGCAUGGGCUAGACGAUGUGCGCAACAGCAUUCGGCAAGCUUUAGGAUUGCUUGUGUGGUCUGAGCAGGACAAUGUGAAGUGGCGGCAGGGCUACCUUGGAAGCUUCGUGCAUCUUGCCGGGGUCAUGACGCCGCAGGUAGAGGACCUUGCAGACUUCAAGCGCUUGUCUGUGGUUACUAGACGCAAUUUAGGACUCGCAGGCAAAACAUUACAAUUACGCGUCAUGGAGGCAGAGGAAAGACUGGCAGGCUUCGAUUUCAGUGACCUUUGGGAAGAUGCUUCUAAAGUUGCCAACAGUGCGGUCUAUCAAAGCUACCAGGCUUGUCGUCAAUUUCUCGUAAAUCACUACACCCGCAUCUACGGUAAUUGGCCACCCACUACCAACAAAACUUGGCUCAACCGCAAGGUCGUGCUCGGCAUGCAAGAAGACUUCGGUUCUCUGUACGACUAUCUUGUCAAUCGUGACGUGGUGUGGAACCCUCGUGAGGAACGCGCAAGCCGAAAAUGGGAGAUGGCCCAUCGGAAGAACGACAACUUCAAGGCAGACUUGCCAGAACUCGGCAUGACGGAUAUGCUCGUCACAUUCGAUGGCAAAUAUGGGUAUGCACAUAUUCCACACCCUUAUCCACUACUACCAAGGGAAGUGCCGAAAGCAAGCAAGGAAAAAGAAAAGAAGAGCUUCUUUGACAGAAUGAAGAAGGACAAGGGUAAAGAUGCUACAAAAGACGCGAAAGCGCAUUUGCAGCUGUCUAUUGUGUUCAGUGAUGCGACAAACAUCGAGAAACUAGAUGUUAACUUCAACGGAUCCACACUUAUCGACAAGUUCGAGCAGUUCGAGCUCACCACUGAUCUCAAACAAACCACCCCCCGCGAAGCACGCCUAGGGCGCUGGGUCCUCCUCUACGGCGUCCUACAGGUUCUCUCCACGCUCUCUGUAGACGUUCAGGGCCUCAAACACACAGAAGGUGUCCGUCACUUCCUCUGCACAGAUCUCAAGCGCUGUCCCGAAUGGGUCACCAACGGCCAGAUUGAAUAUCUAGAAGCUGACCAACAUCGAUCAUGGUGUUGGCAGCGUUCCUGGGAUCCCAUGCCUACACAGACUGCGCCUGUCGAACUGGAGGCUUCAACGACCAUAGAUAGAGGCGGCACUGCUAAUUAUUAUGCGGGGGAGGCCAGUGUCGAAAUUGCCGGGCACACACAAGUCGCACAUGGUCUUCCGAGCCCCCCUCCUGAACGGUUAUUACCGGCACCGCCGCCAUCUUUCGACGGCGCAACACUGAUGCAAAACGACAUCCGGCGCCUCGGCGAGAAGAUUGAUAACCUCUCGCUUUCGCACAAUGCGACACAUAUCUUCCGCCAGGAGUUGGAGCGGCGCCGCGAGAACGAGAAGGUCAUAGGCGAGUUCCAUGAUCGCAAACCCAGGCUUGAAGGUGAAACCUUUGGGCCAAGAGCGGCCAACAACACUAGCAACAACAACUACAACAGUUUCAGACCUCGCGAGAGCUCGCUCUCUCGAUUUGCCGACGAUCGAAGCCAAUCCAGGAUGGACAACACAUACCGCCUCACCGAUUCUGAGUUCAGGGACAGACAGGCCUUGCAGCUACCGCCGCCUUCAUCAUUAAGGAGUCAUGUCACGAGCGUCAACACGGAUCUAGGUACUUAUCCGUUCAGUUCAAAUGAGAUGCAGUGGCCCGUUCCACCAGGGUAUGAAGCGAGCAAUAGAGAGAGCACCGUGCUGGGAAGCGAGCAUGGCUUCAUGAGAAAUGGAGAUGGAAAUAGACAUGCAACAGGAUAUGGAGACAUGACUUCAAGGGGUAUCGAGGAUCAUAGGAGUCCGAGACGGUUACAUGAGAGGGGUGGGUGGAAUUAA